AGUGACUUCGGCUGUCUUUCGGCUUCGUCUCAGCAGCGCAGGGAGACUUCGGCUCCGCUCGGAGAACCAGCACCGGACUGUAUGGUGGAGAACCGUUUUACCUUGAUCCCUUUUUUCUGGAGACCGGCUGUAUGAUUAAGCUACAAUCUUCAAUGAGUAAGCAUAUCCCACAGUUCUGUGGUGUUCUGGGUCACACAUUUAUGGAGUUUCUGAAGGGCAGUGGGGACUACUGCCAGGCUCAGCACGCUGCCUAUGCAGACGAGUGAACAGCCAAACUCGCCAUCGAUCCGACACACUUGAGCCACAGGAGGGACCCCGGAGAGUUGGCAGGACCGGGACGCCUCCCAGAACCAGCGACAACUCGGCCUGGAUGGGGUAACUUCACCCGCUGCACACUGCCCUCGUCGGCUUCCGCCUGGCCAGAAUCAAGGUGGAACCAGCCUUGUUUUUGUUCCUUUUCUUUUCUUUUAUUCCAAAGGAGAGGGUUUUGAGUUGUUUCUCUGAUUGUCCGCCCUUUCUAUCGGCCGCCAACGACCCAAAUUUCCCCGCUCUCGCCCGUCAAAGCCUUCGUUUCUGUUCAGUUUUUUCGGUUUAGCCUUGCCAACCUCAAAGGAAGGAAGAGCGGAGGAUUUCUGAACGUUUUGUUUGACAUUCCCUCCGAGUUUUAACUCCGUGUUUACAUUCGUGUUUUUACUCUGUGGAAGACCUUUGGGCUUUUUUUUUUUACGUUGUCACGAUGGCUCGUAUGAACAGACCCGCCCCUGUGGAGAUCACCUACAAGAACAUGAGGUUCCUCAUCACCCACAAUCCCACCAACGCCACCCUGAACAAGUUCAUCGAGGAGCUGAAGAAGUAUGGAGUGACCACCGUCGUGAGAGUCUGCGAGGCCACCUAUGAUGCCACCUUGGUGGUGAAGGAGGGGAUCCAGGUUCUGGAUUGGCCGUUCGACGAUGGAGCUCCUCCCUCUAACCAGAUCGUGGACGAUUGGCUGAACCUGCUGAAGCUGAAGUUCAGGGAGGAGCCGGGCUGCUGCAUCGCUGUCCACUGUGUGGCAGGUCUGGGGAGAGCUCCUGUUCUGGUGGCACUCGCCUUGAUUGAAUGUGGGAUGAAGUACGAAGACGCUGUCCAGUUCAUUCGACAGAAGCGUCGGGGAGCGUUCAACAGCAAGCAGCUGUUCUACCUGGAGAAAUAUCGUCCAAAGAUGCGCCUGCGCUUCAAAGAUUCCAACGGCCAUCGCAAUAACUGCUGCAUCCAGUAGAGCCAAACCCUGAGCCACGCCAACCCCCUUCCCCUCCUCCCCCCCCUCCCCUUAACCUCCCCUCUAAAGAAGAUUGAUUUAACCCUUGCUUGCUUCUUACCUGGCAGGCUUGUUUUCUUAGUCAUUGUGUUGAAGUAUUUUAUUUUGAAAAACCAUGCUCGGUAAUUCAACUGUCCCCUCUUCCUCCUCCUCUUCCUCUUCUUCUUCUUCUUCUUCUCCCGGUUCAAAUCAAGUGUCAUAAAAAAAGAAAGUAACUGAGUGGUGUGAGCCGGAGUCACCGUGUUUCUCUUCAUGUGCCCAGUAUAGAUAAAAAGAGAAAGGGCAGCAGCGUCGUGUGUCGUCGUAAGAUGUUGGAUUAACUGUUUUCUGCAUCCCAAAGAUUCUGAUUGGCCGGUUUACAUCGCCUGAGAAUGUGCUACAAAAAAAAUUAAAAAACAACAGAUUAUAAUUUCACGUCAGAGAUUCCUCUGCGCCCCGUUCAAUUUAAGGGUUCCAGACUGACGAGAAAGAGGUUUGCCUUCCUUCAGAUCAGACGGUUCAUCCAUAAAUGCCUUACAAUCGAAGUGGAACAAAGGCAACCGAGGCGGGAGCGCCCCCCGCUGGCAUUCGGAAAAAGGUUUCAUUUUUCUACUCGGAACAGAAAAAAAAAAAAGAAGUCGUUGCCUUUGUCUCGUGCAGGAAGUCUUACACUCACUUAAGCCCUUUCAGUAACUAUUUUUUAAUAUAAGAUGCUUAACUGUCGCAAUAUUUAUUUGUCAAUUGAAAGUCUAGGACCUUGUUUCUUUUCUCUAUCAAACCUUCUGUUUACUAAUUAACUGCCAUGUCCAAGAUGUGAUUUUAUUUUUGUUUCCGUUUUAUAAUUUUACUUUUUUUUUUUUUUUUUUUUUCUGCUUCAAACUGGACUUCCAACGUCUGCGAUAUUUUGUAUGCCUUUUUAUUUGAUGUCCGUAACUUAAGACUUGGAUACUUGAUGAUUUUAUGUAUUUGAAAAUGUGUACUAUUAUUAUUAGGUUGGCUAUUUAUACUAUCAAUGGAUGUGUGAUUUAGUACCGUGAGCGACAAAGUUGUACCUGUUCACCAACUUGUGAGAGUACAUUAAAUGAUACACUUAAAAACAACAAA